AAGAGGUUUCCUUUUAUACUGACAGACUCUCUAACCUUGUCAUUGCAAUGGUUCAUAAAGAGAUUAAUGAAAAGUCAGAUGGCCCUGGCCCAUGUUUUGCUGUUCUUGGAAAACCUCAUCAUAAAUCCAUUGAACUGACAUAUGCCUCUCUGAAAACAGGUUCAAGAACAGAUGCAAAGGCUCAAAAUGAAGGUGAAAAAGAAAUGACCUGUGCAGACGCAGUGGGUAACCACAUUAUUAAGCAAGGGUUUACCCUCUGGCAUGAAAACCAAAACCAAUGCAGCCAAUUUACAUACAGCAACCCUGCAUCACUUCUGGCGGAGUUGAGGAGCAGGGAGGAUGGCACAGGAUCACUAGGCUCUAAGGUCAUGGGAACCACUGACUCUGUGGCUGGAUCCAGUGAAGGUACUGUAUCAGGACACAGGGUGGUAGCGGUGAAUCAGAAUCUUUCUGAAAAUCUUCAGAAACUCUCAUCAGUAGCAAUGGAGAAGGGAUACAAAGUAGGAGAAAUUUUACAAGCAAUGCUGAAAUACAAGAAGGAAAGGCAGUCUGGUGAGGCUGUAGGCAGCUCUGUUCAGUUGCCAGUCUUGAACUGGCUGCUUAAUAACUCAUGA